AUGAUUUCAGAGAAGGAUAAACUAAUCACUUCGUAUUUGUCUUUUCGUGGAUUACAGAAACAACACAUUGAUUCUUUCAAUUACUUCAUUGAAUAGCGUCUAGAAUAGAUAGUGAAGUCACCCUUGAAUCAGAGGAUUACUUGUGAGAGUGAUUCAUCCUUCCUUUUGGAGUACUUAUCAAUCAGAGUCGAAAAUCCAACAUUCACCAGCAGUUGGGAUAAGUACUCCUUGAAAAGUCUCCUGUAUCCUCACGAAUGUAGAUUGAACGAUUAGACUUACGCAGGAGAUAUCUAUGUGAAUGUGCGUAUUCAUAUGAAGGGCAGAGAGCCAAUCGAAGAGAAAGAUGUUUUAAUUGGACGCAUGCCAAUAAUGUUGGGAUCAAAGAAGUGCAAUUUAUCAGGCAAGACCGAGGCUGAGAUUUUCUAAUAUGGAGAAUGUCCAUACGAUCCAAAAGGAUAUUUUAUCAUUGAAGGCAAUGAGAAGGUCAUUCUCAUACUAGAACAAGUCGUAGAUAAUAGAAUCAUAGUUGAUGUCGACAAUAAGACAGAUUAGUAUGUGUCGACAGUUCAAUCUUAUCAAUUGGAAACUAAAUCCAAAGCAUCGAUUAUUUUAAAAAAGAAUAAAUUUUAUGUGAAAUCUUCAAGUUUCAAAGAUGCUCCUCUCUUUAUCGUUUUCAAGGCUUUAGGCAUCGUUAAUGAUAAAGAGAUCAUUGAAUUGAUUGGAACUGAACCAAGCAUCGUGGAGAAAUUGUUAAUGAGUUUUUAGGAUUCCUCUGAUGAAAAAAUAAAAACACAAUUGGAUGCAUUAUAAUAUAUUGGAAAGUUAAUUACCAGUAAAUUCGGUGGUCAAUCAUCCAAUCUAGCAGAUCAAGCCAGAGAGAAACUAGCCCAAGUCUUUCUGGCUCAUGUCAAUUGCAAAAAAUAUGAUUUCUAUCCCAAGGCAAUAUAUCUAGGAUAAAUGGUCAGAAGAUUGAUAUUGGCAAUGGAAGACAAGCGAUUUGUUGAUGAUAAAGAUUACUAUGGAAAUAAAAGAAUGAGAUGUGCAGGCAAUCUUCUUGAAUUGUUGUUCGAAGAUUUAUUCAAAGGAUUAAACUCAACUAUAUCAAGCAUUCUCAAAAAGGAAUUAGGCAAAGCCAAUUGCAAAUUCACUCCUAAAGAUGUCACUAUGAAAAUGAAGGAAUUUGGAGUUGAUAUCACAAAGGGAUUGAAUAGAGCUAUCAAAACUGGAAAAUGGACAAUACAAAGAUUUCACAUGGAUAGACAAGGAGUUACAUAAUUAUUAGCCAGAAUAUCAUAUACAUCUGCUUUAGGUAUGCUUACCAAAAUGAGAAGUCAGGUGUAAAAGACACUUAAAGUAAGUGGGCCAAGAGCCUUGGUGGGAUCUCAAUUUGGUAUGAUUUGUCCUGCAGAUACUCCUGAUGGUGAGGAUUGUGGUCUAGUUAAGACGUUGGCUUUAUUGACACACAUCACCUAGGAGGAUAUCUAAGAUAGUGUUUAUAAGAUUAUAUUGUCUAUGGGUGUAGAAGAUAUAUGUCAUUUUAAACCAAGUGAAUUUCAUAAGAAUUACAUAGUGUACUUAAAUGGUAUUAUAGUGGGAAUGCAUGCUAGACCACAGGAAUUUGUUGAUCAAUUAAGAAUCUUAAGAAGGAGAGGAAAGAUUAAUGAAUUUGUUUCAAUUCACAAGGAUGAUUUAAGGAAAGUAGUAAACAUCUCUGGUGAUAGUGGUAGAUUAGUCAGACCAUUGAUUCUUGUCAAAGAUGGCAAACCUCAAUUAAUUUAAAUUGACAUGAUUGAUUUCAAGUAGAAUGAUGCCAAAACAGUGUUUUCUAGUUUUGUGAAAAAUGGGAAGAUCGAAUAUCUGGAUGUUAAUGAAUCUGAUAAUGCAUUUAUUGCAUUGACUAUCAAUGAUGUGACCAUGGAGACUACUCAUUUGGAAAUAGAUUAAAUGACCAUCCUUAGUUGUGUGACUGGUUUAGUACCAUUUCCACAUCACAAUCAGAGUGCUCGUAAUACUUUUUAAUGUCAGAUGGGUAAACAAUCUCUAGGUAUUAUUGGAAUGAAUACAUAAAUCAGAUGUGAUACUUAAUUGUAUCAAUUAAUAUACCCACAGACUCCUUUAGUUCGUACGGUGUCCAUGGAAGCUGUCAACUAACACAGAUUGCCAGCUGGACACAAUGCUUAAGUAGCAGUGAUGAGUUAUUCAUGUUAUGAUAUCGAAGAUGCUUUGAUUAUGAAUAAGUCUUCACUGGAUAGAGGAUUCGGCAGAACUGCAGUCUAUAAAAAAUCAGUGACUGAAUGUGAAAUCAAUCAAAGGAAUAAGGAAAGCAGAUUCAAUGAGAGAAUUGAUGAACCACCAACCAAAACCCAUAAUACCAAAAAGAAGUUUAUCAAGAAAUACCAUGCUUUAGACAAUGAUGGCAUUACUAAGGUGGGAGCCCAAUUGCAUCAUGGAGAUAUUUAUGUGAAUAAAAAGACACCUCAAGUUCCAGAUAAUCCGUAAACUGAAAAUAUAUAAAUUGCAGACACUCCCUCUGUAUUCAAAGAAAAAUGGCCAUAUACUGUAGAUAGAGUCUUGAUUAUUAAUAAUACCAAUGAUGGAACUGAGAAAAUCAAAACUAUCAAGACAAUCUUCAGGUAAAUCAGAAGACCUGAGUUUGGAGAUAAGUUCUCAAGUCGUCAUGGUCAAAAGGGUGUCGUUGGUCUCAUUGUUAAUUAGGAAGACAUGCCCUUCAAUGAAAGAGGAUGGUGUCCUGAUCUCAUCAUGAAUCCUCAUGGUUAUCCAUCAAGAAUGACAAUUGCUAAAUUAAUGGAACUAUUGUGUGGUAAAUUGGGAGCUUUGGAAGGCAAAUUCAAAUAUGGAACUGCCUUCGGGGGAGAGAAUGUCCUAUAGGUGGGGGAAGAAUUACUGAAAAGGGGAUUUCAUUAUUAAGGAAAAGACUGUCUGAUUUCUGGGAUCACUGGGGAAUACAUGGAGUGCUAUGUCUAUCAAGGACCUAUUUUCUAUCAAAGACUGAAGCAUAUGGUCAUCGACAAGAUUCAUGCCAGAGCCAAAGGUCCUAUGGAGAAACUUACACGUUAGCCUGUCGAAGGAAGAGCCAAAGAUGGUGGUCAACGUAUUGGAGAGAUGGAGAGAGAUUGCUUUUUGGCUUAUGGAGCUUCUAAUUUAUUAAUAGAGAGAUUAUUGAUUUCAAGUGAUCCAUUUAAUGUGUAUGUGUGUGAAAUAUGUGGGAUGUUUAAGAGUGAUUCUGUUUGUAGAGGUUGUAACACAGAUAAAGUUUAUUAAAUUAGAUUGCCAUAUUGUUGUAAAUUGUUAUUUUAAGAACUUUUGGCAAUGAACAUCAAACCAAAAUUAUAAUUGGUACCAUCUCAUGAGAGAUAGGAGUAUACAAUGAAUUGA